CUCUUCUAUAACCGCCUUAUUUCCUCCUCUAAAAAUAAAUCACCGCAAAACCUAGAAAAGCUCUGAUCUUCACAUCAACAGCAAAUCGAAUCCAAAUGUUGAGAAACGCUGGGAAGAGAGCUCUAGGGUUAGGGUUUGGGAGGUCCCAAUCCCAAACUCCUGUGACGCAGGUUCUGCAGCGAUUCUACCACGAGAGGGUCGUCGAUCACUACAACAACCCCCGCAACGUAGGAUCCUUCGACAAGAAUGAUCCGACGGUCGGCACGGGCCUUGUCGGUGCUCCGGCGUGUGGUGAUGUCAUGAAGCUCCAGAUCAAGGUCGAUGACGAGUCUGGCAAGAUCGUCGAUGCGUGCUUCAAGACUUUCGGUUGCGGUUCGGCUAUUGCUUCUUCCUCCGUUGCUACUGAAUGGGUGAAGGGAAGACAAAUGGAAGAAGUUCUAACUAUCAAGAAUACGGAAAUUGCAAAGCAUCUCUCUCUUCCACCGGUUAAGCUGCAUUGCAGCAUGCUUGCUGAGGAUGCGAUAAAAGCUGCUGUGAAAGAUUAUGAAGCAAAGCGUGCAAAAUCAGGUACAACUCCAGAGGCAGCACCUGUUGAGAAGGCUGCUGAUGCUUGAUGGUGGUGUGCUUGUGAAAAUAGAAAAUCACAAUGUUUGAAAAAAAUAUUGUGGUCUUUUAGCCUUUAUGUUUUUUCUUUUUUUGGCAAUAAUGAUGGAUUGUACUUGAAACUCCAAUAGAAGACUUGUUUCAGGAAUGUAAUUUCACGAAAAACAGAACUUGUGUUUUAAUGUAAAUUACUAUUCAGAGAA